AUGGGGGGCCCCCUGCUGCUGUAUAUUGUGUGUUACAAGCACCAAGAGUGGUUAGAGGAUAUGCAGGACUAUGUCUUGCAAUUAUACAAAAGAGAUCCAAGGAUGAGGGGAGGAGGAAACAUCACCGCUUGGUUAUUUAAAUCUAAAACACCACAUCGUUUGGCUCCUGAGAGGGCAGACUAUGGCGCACAAAGGGAGACCCGCGGAGAUCGUCUAUCGCAGCUACAAGAUCUCCGUGAGAAGGACCCCAAGUAUGACGCCAAGAUGUUAUACACUAAUAUGUAUAAGGCAACAACAGGAGGACAAGAUGAUGGAGAAGUGUUUGCCAUGGAGCAAGGUGUAGGCAUGCAAAUCCAAGAUAAAAAAGACAUAAAGAAGAAACAAAACUUUAUGGCUGCUGAUAAACCAGGGGCAUGCAGCAAGCUGAGUAGACACCGCAGACGAGAGGAGACAGCAGAAACAAUGAAUAAGACAUAA